AUGGGGCGGCUGGUGCUGGCGCUGUGGGCGGCUCUGGUGUCCACGGAGCUCGCCCGCGCCCAUGUCUGGCCAAGUAAGGGCCGGGGCGCGCGCUCUGCCCACAGCAGCGCCUUGGAGCGCACAACUCAGAACCUGAGCUGCUUCCAGUGCUUCAAGGUCAACAGCUGGAGCCUCUGUAAGCCCACCGUGUGCCCCGCCACCGCUCAAGUCUGCGUCUCCAACGAGGUGUUCCUCCUCAGGAGGUCAAGGAUCAGAAUUCUGAUCAGCAAGAGGUGCGCUGUCCGCUGUCCAAACUCCAACAGUGAGUUCGAGUGGUCAUCCAGCCCUGAGCUGCGGGGCAGGAUUGUCAGGCGCUGCUGCUCAGGGCAGCUCUGCAACUCGGCGCCUGCCGUCUUGGAGAUACCCUGGGCCCUGUUCAGGUGGCUCCUGCUGCAAGUGGCCCUGGCCUGGGUGUCUUCUGGGCCCUGUUGUGAGGACUUGCCCUGCACCCCCUCGUGA